GGCGCCUGUCACUGUGGUGGUAUGGCGUGGGAGGUUGACGCGAAGGGCGAGGACUUCAAGCAUGUGCUCUGCCACUGCGACACGUGCAAGAAGCUGGGCGGCGGGCCAUAUUCGUGCAACUACAUUGUGCCGCGUGAAGACCUGCGCAUUACGAAGGGGCGGCCGGGGAAGUACACGUACAAGGGCGCCAGCGGCAAGGACGUAAACUGCUACUUUUGCCCCACUUGCACUUCGCAUAUCUAUCAUCAUCAGGACGCCAUGCCCGACAAAGUUAUUGUGCGCACCCUGCUGCUUGAUGGCGGUAACGACAUCCCUGCUGGUGGGGAAAUCUUCCCGGAGGGUCGCCUUAAGUGGGUUAAGGACUUGCAGGAGAGCUUG